AUGCCAACGCAUCAUUUAUCGUCCGUCGAGGACAAGGUUUAUCUAAAACCGAAUUCAAACAAUCAAAAAAAAACAAAGGACGGUCUCAUAUCUUUUAAUAACAUUUUAUCUGCAAAUCGCGAUCGUUAUACAAAUAAAAUAUUUUCCAAUAACGGGCAUGAAGAUUCGAAUACAGCGGGAACCCUUUCUAUCCUGAACAUCGAUCCUUCUGUAUCAAAAACGCCAUUUGCAUCCAUUACAGAUGCUAGCUAUUAUUCAAGUGGAUGGGCUGACUGA